AUGUAUAUUCAAAUAUUUUUUUUAUUACUUUUGAAUUUAUUGUUAUUUUUAAAAAGUGAUGGAAAAGAAUUUUCAAUUGAUUAUAAGGAACAUCAAUUUAAAUUAGAUGGUAAACCAUUUAGAUAUAUAGCAGGAGAAAUACAUUAUUUUAGGAUUCCAUCAAUUUACUGGAGAGAUCGUUUAAGAAAAAUUCGUGAUAGUGGAUUAAAUGCAAUUCAAGUUUAUAUUCCAUGGAAUUAUCAUGAACCUACAAGAAGAAAUUAUAAUUUUUCUGGAAAAUAUAACAUGGAAGAAUUUUUAAAAAUUGCACAAGAAGAAGAUUUAUUUGUUUUAUUAAGACCUGGACCAUAUAUUUGUGCAGAAUGGGAAAAUGGUGGUCUUCCAUGGUGGUUAACAAAAGAUGAAAAAAUAAAAUUAAGAAGUAGUGAUAGUAAAUAUUUAGAAGCAGUAGGAACAUGGUGGAAUAUUUUAAUGAAUAAAAUAAAAUCACAUUUAUAUAAAAAUGGGGGAAAUAUUUUAAUGAUACAAAUUGAAAAUGAGUAUGGAAGUUUUGAUGCAUGUGAUAAAGAAUAUUUGAGAUUUUUAAGAGAUUUGACAUGGAAAAUAUUAGGUAAUGAUGUUGUUUUAUAUACAACUGAUGGUGCUUCUGAUGGUAUGCUAAAAUGUGGAAGUAUAGAAGGAGUUUUACCAACAGUUGAUUUUGGUGUUGUACAUAAUAAAACAAAAAUUAUAGAAUAUUAUGAACUUCAAAAGAAGUAUUCUAAUGGUGGGCCUCUUGUAAAUUCAGAAUUUUAUGCAGGAUGGUUUUCUGGAUGGGGUAACCGAAAAUGGAAUUUUCCAAAAACAGAAUCUAUUAUAAACACAAUGAAUUUUAUGUGGAAUUUAAAUUCAAGUUUUAGUAUUUAUAUGAUGGCAGGUGGUACAUCUUUUGAAUAUUGGAGUGGAAAAGUUUUUGAUGGAACAUAUGUCACAACUUCAUAUGAUUACAAUGCACCAAUUCAUGAGAAUGGAGAUAUUGGAAAUACUUAUAUAGCUAUUCAAAAAUGGAUUUUACAAUUAGAAAAUUGGCAAUGGAAACCUCGAUUUGGUGGAAAAAAUAUAACAAGAAAAAAUUAUGGUAAAGUAAGAGUUGAUCCAAUAAAAUAUUCAACAAAUUUAAUGAUGGAAAAUUGUGUACCAAAAUGGGAACCAUUAACAUUUGAAGAAUUAAAUUUUCCAUAUGGUUUUUUAAUUUAUAGAGUUAAUAUUGAUAGAGACCAUUUAACAAAUAUAUCAAUUCCUGGUAUUAAUGAUAUUGGAUAUAUAAGUAUUAAUGAUGAAUAUAUUGGAAAAAUUAAUACUACAUCAAAUUUUUUAAAAAUUAAUUAUACUGGUGAUUUUACAAUACAAAUUGUAACAGAAAAUAUGGGUCGACAAAAUUUUGAAACAAUUCAUGAUAUAAAAGGAAUCAUUGGUAAUAAAGCAUAUUUUGAUAAUAAAACAAGUGAACAUUGGCAAUCAUGUUACCUUAAUCUUGAUAUUAUUGAUAAACAUUUUAAUCGUAAAGGACAUUUAUCUUUUAUUAAAAAUAAUAAAGUAUCUGGUCCAACAAUUUUAAUUGGAUCAUUUGAUACAUUUGAUAUUUAUGAUACAUAUGUUAUUUUGAAUGGUUUUACAAAAGGUAUUUUAAUGAUAAAUGGAAAUAAUGUUGGAAGAUAUUGGAAUAAUAUGGGUCCACAACAAAGUUUAUAUAUUCCAAGUUCAUUUUUAAAAAAAGGAAAUAAUCGAAUAAUUAUAUUUGAAUUAGAAGGAAAUAAUUCAUGUGAUACCUAUGAUGGAUGUUAUAUAAAUUUUAUCACAAAUAGUGUUUGGAAUUGGGAGAAAGUGUAA